UAUUAAGACCAAUUAACUCCAAACUAAUGACCAAGUGAUCUAAUAUAAUUGGAUCGCAGAGCAUAACCAUAUAUAGCCAUGAAUACUGAAGUCACCUUAGACGGCACCAUAGAUAUAAAUAUAUUAAGGAGCAUCUAUCAAAGCCUAGUUUGGAUGGGCUGUUCUUUCAGCAAACAACGGCAGAGGCUUAUUGGGCAUCAUAAACAGGAAGAAGACCCAGCAGCAGUUCUUGCUGCCCAAACCUGCUUUGAUCUUUGUGAUAUUGAAGCACUGUAUGAGCUGUUCAAGAAAUUAAGUAGCUCCAUAGUUGAUGACGGCCUCAUCAGCAAAGAGGAAUUUCAACUUGGCUUAUUUGGUAACAGCAAGAAAAGAAACCUUUUUGCCGAUAGGAUAUUUGAUUUAUUUGAUUCGGGAAAGGAUGGGGUGAUAGAGUUUGGAGAGUUUGUUAGAGGACUCAGCGUGUUCCAUCCUGCAGCGCUCCAACCACAAAAAGCAGCUUUUGCAUUUCGGCUCCACGAUAUACGGCAAAGUGGCUUUAUUGAACGCGACGAGGUAAGAGAGAUGAUUGUGGCACUACUAAGCGAGUCCCAAUUGGUGUUUUCUGAUGACAUAAUUCAGCUCAUAAUCGAUAAGGCUUUUCAAGAAGCAGAUCUCAAAGGAGAUGGUAAAAUUGAUCCAGACGAGUGGCAACAAUUUGUGGCUCGAAAUCCAUCUUUAUUGAGGAAUAUGACAAUUCCACAUUUGAAGGACCUUAAUAAGGAGUUUCGUAAUUUUGAAUCAAGUUCAGACUUUAUUGAAGAUGAUAUAAGAAACCUCUGAGAAUCUUUUGAGUUCAGACUACGUACUCAGAACAAGGAAGAAUAGUUUUUGCAGUCUCAGCAAUAUAAUGAGAGAGAUAAGUGUCCAGUAACGUUAUUAACACAUAAGUCAAUGAAGAGGAGACCAUUCUUAGAAGCUGUAGCGAAGUAGCAUUAGACUAUUUCAGAAUUAAAUGUGACAUAAUAGAAGUCUUAGAUUAAUCAAAAGCACUAGUGAGUACAGGUGGGAAUUCCCGUUACAAUAGAAACAAAACUUGUAAUAAAGAGAAACUUGUGAGGUUCACCGUCAACCUAAAUUUCUUUUUUAUUCAUUGAAUAAAAAUUUUACCUGCCUUAGAUUUAAAAAAAAUUAAGACUAUCAAAUGGGUCAGCCUGACCUACUUUAGGUCAGUCCAUUUAAGUCCACAAAUUAAAUUAGAUGACCCGUUUAAACUUCACUACAAGAAAGUUUUAGAAUAGCGACUGAUUUUAGUGACCGAAAAUAGCAAUUGAUUUAGCAACGGAUAAAGAAUUUUAAGGACCAGAAAAAUAUUGGUCGCUAAAUUACAAUCAGCGACUAAUUUUAGUGACCAAAGAAAUUGGUCAUUAAUAGUGACCAAUUUAGCGAUCGAUAAAGUUUUUAUACGAGAAACAUAAAGUUGGUCCCUAUUUUUUAACUUAGCAUCGAAUUAGCAACCGAAAUGAGGAAGUAAUGCUUGGAAUUGUUGGUCACAAAAUCGGUCACUAUUUUUUAAUUUAGCGACCGAUUUUGCAACUAAUAGAUAAGCUGAAAAAGAUUGAUCGCUAACUUAGUUGCUAAGCUGAUGGUUGCUAAAUCAGUUGCUAAUAAUUAAGAUAUCGAUCGAUUUAACGACUGCGAUAUAAUAAUGUUAUAACUAAUCAGUCACUAAAUCGGGUCGCUAAUUUAAAAUAUUUACUGAAUUACUCUACCCUAACUCACUCUCACCAAUCACCAUUCUCACCUUCUCAAACAGUUACUGAGUUGCAUUUCUUCCCCUCAAACAGUCUUCGUCUUCUCCAAUCUCGAUGUUGUCGCCAUCGUCUUCUGGACUCGCAGCCGUCAUCGUCGUCUUCUCCAGCCUCGGCGUCGUCACCGUUAUCUUCUGAACUCAACAUUUCAUGGUGCUUUCUCUCGCUUCUACAGCGACAAAGGUAGGAUUCUCAACGAAGAGGAGCAUGCCAAAAGAGAAUGUCUGCAUCAAGAAAUGGGAGAGAGAGAGAGGUCGGAGAAACAGAAACAGCAAGCUGAGAAGGAAAAAGCAGAAAUGGACAAAAACGCUUCUGACAAGAAAUUACUUGCUAUAAUAGAUGAGCUUGAAGUAUUGUGACCUGAAUUUAAACUCCUUGGGAACAAAUUGAACAAUUAGAGGUAAAUCCUACCUGUAAUAACUGUAAUAUUAUUCUACUCUCUUGCUCCUUGGGGCUGUUGCUUCUUUGCUAUGCUCUCUUUUGUUUAUGGUUUUGUUAGGAGAAACCUUGAAAGCAUGCUUACAAUUUUAUGGUCCUAGUGCAACUUUUUAUCAGGACUCUUCUGGUUUUUAAUUCUAUUCUUUUUGCAAGCUUUAAUUUGAGAAUCUUAGAUGCUUCUUAGUGCCCUUCUAAAAAAAUCAACUAUGGUAUAAUUAUUGUUAGUGUAUAUAUUAGUAUGUGGCUUCAUAAUUUGUCUCUUGUUAGAUCUUGUUAUUUUGUUAUCAUGAUAAUUAUAUUGAGAGAAUUAAGACAUCUCUAGAUAAAUAAAUAGAAAGAAAAAGAAAAGAUAUUACUAUUUAUAACUUUCAUUAUAUCAAUAGAGUUUAGACAUUGUAAAUUUUGCAUCUUUUGCAAUUUCAUGAGAAGGAAAUCCAAAGGAAUACUUUUUUAGCAAUCUCUCUUUUCUUUUCUUAUAUCUAUCUCUAAUCAUAAUUCAUCUUUGUGUUUGUGAAGUCUUCCCUCAUAG